GUUAUUAUCGUCCCUUUUGACAUUUCACGUGACUCCUUACGUUGGAUAAAGUUGGAGUCUUUCUUCCUUAUUUUACACAUAUAGUGAAAUGAUGAGGCGGGAUUUUUGGCAUUUGGAUUUGCCCGAGUCAUGUGGAUUACUGUGUAACUAGUAAUGUUUCAUUCGUUUGAACGUUUAAACAAAAAUUGUUUCCUUUUUCAUUGAUGGUGAACUGUAUUCUUUGUUGAUUAAAGACACUGCUUAAUGUUCAUUUUCUCCAUACGUAAAUGUUUGAUUGUAAAUUACUCUGUUUGCUAUUUGGUUGAGGUUAAUCUUAUUGUUGAUUAAAGAGUCUGCUUAAUUCUAUUUUUGGCGCUUUUUAAAUGUUUGCUCCAGUAGAAACAAAAACUUCCCAUUUUGAGAGAUUGCAUACAGAGCACAAUUUUUUUGUUUUUUUUGUUUUUGCCUUCUGUGUUCUGUUCUUUUUUUGGUUGUGUGAAUUCUUCUUUCUGCUGUAUGGCAUUUUGUUCUGGUUCUUUUAUGCUUUCCAUGGCAUUAAAAGAUUAGAAUGCUCUUCUUUUUUUUUUAAUGUUGUUAUAGCUCGCGUCUCUAAUGUUAAACGAGAAAUAGCUAUAAUCUGAGGACUAAUUAAUGUCCAAUAUGGUUCUACAGAGCUGCUUGGAUUACUUAUCAGGCUCUGUGUUGGAGGUUACUUUUCACGAGGAUGGGGGGUGUUUGUUCUUGGAAGAGAGAUUACAGUGCAGAAGAAUAUGGAAUUCGCAGAGGUAUAUCUGGAACAUACUUCAGAAGUAGAAGUUGGAAAAGGCAAGGAACCCCUUUUCAGCCACUUACCGGUUAUCGCCCAAGAGGAGCUUCUUGCCCAUCACUUCUGGAACUCUGCAUUUACAAGAUACGGGAGGACGUCAUUAAAUACAAGUCGUUCUCCUUGCUGCCAAGAGAUAUAAGCCAGUUGAUCUUUAAUGACCUUGUCUCUUGCCACAUCCUUUCUGAUAGUUCAAUUCAAGCUUUCAGAGACUGUGCUCUGCAGGAUAUAUGCCUCGGGAACUAUCCAGGAGUCAAAGACAGUUGGAUGGAUGUUCUCGCUUCGCAAGGAAUAGCUUUACUUUCUGUUCAUCUGUCUUGUUCUGAUCUUACAGACUUGGGAUUGGCUCAAAUUAGGAACUGUUCAAACAUCCAAGCAUUACUUCUUGAUCAUUAUGAUCACAUGUCUGAACAUAUCUUAAAGCAACUUGAAGGUCUUUCAAACUUGGAGUAUUUAGGUUUCAUGAAGAGUGAUGCACUAACUGGAGAAGGCAUGCGUGCUUUAUCCAGCUUAUGUAAUUUAGCUGCAUUGGAGUUUGAUAGAUGUCCUCGUAUUCAUGGCGGGCUGGUCCAUGUUAAAGGUUUAUCAAAGCUUAUGUCUCUGAAGAUCAGGUGUUGCAAAUGUAUUACGGAUUCCGAUGUGGAGUCUUUUGCAGGGCUUGAAAAUUUGAAGGAAUUGCAGCUUUCAUCUGUCAGCAUUACCAAUAUUGGAGUUUCUUAUCUGAAGGAUUUGACGAACCUUGUGUCAUUGACUGUGGAGGGAUGCAAUGUUAAUGCUUUGUGCUUGGAUUCGAUUUCAGCUCUUGUUUCGCUUGAAUAUCUGGAUUUGAACAGAUGCUCGCUUUCUGAUGAAGGAUGUGAUAACCUCUCGGCCUUUAGAAAUUUGAAAGUGUUGAACUUGGGGUUCAACGAUAUUACAGAUUCAUGCUUGGUUCAUCUGAAAGAUUUAACAAAAUUGGAAACACUGAACUUGGACUCUUGUGGAAUUGGUGAUGGAGGGCUUGCCAAUUUAGUUGAUAUGCGGGCCUUGCGGAACUUGCAGCUGUCUGAUACUGAAGUCACUAGCAAAGGACUUGGCCAUCUUUCUGGCUUAACUAAUUUGGAGGAAAUCAACCUGUCUUUUACGUCAGUUACCGACUCUGGAUUGGAGAAAUUAUCUGGACUCAAAAAUCUCAAAUCGCUGAAUUUGGAUACUCCUAGAAUUACAGAUGAGGGUCUUGCAAAGCUCACGGGCUUGACCGGAAUUACUCACUUGGACCUCUUUGGAGCUCAUAUUUCUGACUCUGGAAUAAGCUACUUGACAUAUUUUAAGAGUCUGCAAUCACUCGACUUAUGUGGCGGAAGAUUGACCGACAACGGGGUGAAGAAUAUCGAGCAUCUCUCUUCCUUGAUGGUUUUGAACCUCUCGCAAAAUCUGUACCUCACAGACACAGCCUUGAAGUUUCUUUCUGGUCUAAUUGGUCUGGUAUCUUUGAACGUCUCAAAUUCUCGGGUGACAAAUGAAGGGCUGGAGUUUUUGAAGCCUUUGAAGAAUUUGAGUUCAUUGUAUUUGGACUUCUGCGAUGUUACUGCCUCGGAGAUUAAGAAGCUUCAGUCAAAGUACCUUCCGAACCUUGUCACGUUCCGGCCUGAGACCUGA